AUGGUCAACAUCCCCAAGACCCGAAACACCUACUGCAAGGGCAAGGAGUGCCGCAAGCACACCCAGCACAAGGUCACCCAGUACAAGGCCGGCAAGGCCUCCCUGUUUGCCCAGGGUAAGCGACGAUACGACCGCAAGCAGUCCGGUUACGGUGGUCAGACCAAGCCCGUCUUCCACAAGAAGGCCAAGACGACCAAGAAGGUCGUGUUGAGAUUGGAGUGCGUCAAGUGCAAGACCAAGUGCCAGCUGGCGCUGAAGCGAUGCAAGCACUUUGAGCUGGGGACACACAGUGGCGACAAGAAGACAAAGGGUGCGGCUCUGGUGUUCUAA